UUCGUGAGUGACAGACACACCCCAAAGCUGAGGAUUUCUGGCGUUUGAGCAGCACUGAGCGGAUUUCUGUCGCUGCAAUGUACACGCACCGUUAAACAUAUGUUUGACAACGCGCGCUCAGCACCGAUCACCUACUAAAGACCUGCUAUGGGAAAUGAAGACGUAAGUUUGGCUGGCACUGCUGUUAAUCGUCCCCAAAGUUUAGAAGACAGACUGACUCCAGAGACUGGAGUUUUGGAAUCUUGCCACGUGACGAUCAACAAGCGUCAAAGACAGAAAAGCACUGAAAGUGUUUCAAAUACUUCUGAAUUCUUAUUGCACGUCAUACUGAACGGCGGAUUGUUUUCACAAACAAGUGCUGAUCUGUUUGGACUGGAGGUUUAGCUGCGUUAUGUCAGAGGAGCAAGGAAAGGACUGUUCCUCUGAGAUGAGUCUUCCAGAGGAACAAAGUGUAAAGUCAGGCUUAUGUGUGUCCAGCUCUGAGUCUGUGAAGAGUGGCCAGUCAAUGGAAAGACUACCGUUCUUAAGUGAGAAAACACCAUCAUCUUCCAGUGAAAGAUCAGACUCUGAAGUUUUCAGCUCUGUGUCUCUGAAGAGUGACCGUUCAAUGGAGCAGCCACCACGGAUAAGUGAGAAAACACCAUCAGCUACCAAAAGUGAAAGAUCAGACUCUGAAGUUUUCAGCUCUGUGUCUCUGAAGAGUGACCUUUCAAUGGAUGAGCCACCGCAGAUAAGUGAGAAACCACCAUCAGCUACCAAAAGGGUUCAGUAUGAGACAUUAGAUUCAGACCUUCACACUCACAGUAACCAAAAGAAUUUCAAAGACAAUCUUCUGUGGAUCUUCCAGGUCCUUGAGGGCAAAAUAAUCAAAUUUCUGAAAAAUGAACUGAAAACGUUUGAGAAAAUAUUACAAAAAGAUAGCACGCAAUGCUUUGUGAAGGACUAUAAUGAGGAUAGAUGCAGUAUCAAGGAAGCAGCUCUUGAUCUUACACUCUACUUCCUGAGAAAGAUGAAGCAAGAUGAAGCUGCUGAUACUCUAGAAGAUGAGCUGGCCUUCAUUCAUCCGCUAAAAUGUAGCCUAAAGAAGAAGUAUCAAUGUGUGUUUGAAGGAAUUGCAAAGCAUGGUGACUCCACUCUUCUGAAUAACAUCUACACAGAUCUCUAUGUCACUCAGGGUUGUAGUGAACAGGUCAAUACUGAACAUGAGAUAAGACAGAUUGAAGUUGCUUCCAGGCAUCAUGAAUUACAAGAGAUACAGGUUGAAUGCAAAAAUUUGUUUGAAGCACCUGAACAAGACAAGGAGAUCAGAACUGUACUGACAAAAGGAGUUGCUGGCAUCGGAAAAUCCAUCUCUGUGCAAAAGUUUAUUCUGGACUGGGCUGAAGGAAAAGAAAAUCAAGAUAUCAGCUUCAUAUUACCUCUUCCAUUCAGAGAGUUAAACUUAAAAGAGAAAGAAACACGAAGCUUGAUAGACCUUAUAAGUCAGUUUUUCCCAGAGACAAAAAAACUGAACAUUAUAAGAAGGAAUAAAUUCAAAGUCCUGUUCAUCCUUGAUGGAUUGGAUGAAUGUCGCCUUCCUCUAAACUUUGAGGAUAAUGAGACGUGGUGUGAUGUUUCAUCACCAGCCUCUCUGGAUGUUCUCCUAACAAACCUCAUAAAGGGAAAUCUGCUUCCUUCUGCUCUGAUCUGGAUCACCACCAGACCAGCAGCUGCCAGUAAAAUUCCACCUGAAUGUAUCGACCGGGUUACAGAGGUCAGAGGAUUCAAUGAUGCACAAAAGGAAGAGUACUUCAAAAAAAGAUUCACAGAUAAGAAUCAGGCCAAAGAAAUCAUUGAUCACAUAAAAAAAUCGAAGAGUCUCUUUAUCAUGUGCCAUAUCCCAGUCUUCUGCUGGAUAUCAGCCACUGUUCUCCAGAACAUUUGGGAGGAGAAAAGAAAUAAUAUAAAAAACAAUCAGGCUGAUGACUCCUCCAAAACACUGCAGGAAUCAAAUACUGAAGACACUCCCAAGACACUAACACAGAUGUACACACACUUUCUCCGCUUUCAGAUUCAGCAGAGCCACCGAAAGUAUGAUGGAAACCACGCACCAGAUGUUUCCUGGGAUAAAGAUGCCAUCCUUUCACUUGGGAAACUGGCAUUUCAUCAGCUGGAAAGAAACAACCUGAUCUUCUAUGAUUCAGACCUGGAAGCCUGUGGUAUUGACAUCUAUAAGGCAUCAGUGUACUCAGGCAUGUGUACCCAGAUCUUUAAGGAGGAAACAGGGAUACUUUUUGGUACCAUGUACUGCUUUGUUCACUUGAGCAUUCAAGAGUUUAUUGCAGCUCUUUAUGCACAUCUGUUUCUAGACAUUGACAAGAAAAGUGUGUUUGUUCAUGAAUUUACAGAACAGGAAAACAAAAAUGAAACCAUGCUUGAUUUGCUCAAGACUGCAGUGGACAAGGCACUUGAAAGUGACAAUGGACACCUGGACCUUUUUCUUCGCUUCCUUCUUGGUUUGUCACUCCAGUCCAAUCAACUACUCUUACGAGGUCUGUUGACACAGCAAGAUGGUAUUGACCAAAGCAAAAAAGUAGUAGUUCAGUACAUUAAACAGAAAUUAGAGGAUAAUCUGUCUCCAGAGAGAUCCAUCAAUCUGUUCUACUGUCUGAAUGAACUGAAUGACCAAACUCUGGUGAAAGAGAUUCAGGCCCACCUUAGAGAAGGAAGUCUGUCAUCUGCUGACCUUUCACCUGCCCAGUGGUCUGCUUUGGCCUUUGUGUUGUUGACAUCAGAGGAGGAGCUGGAAGAGUUUGAGCUUCAGAAAUUCAAGAAAUCAGAUGAGUGUCUCAUUAGAUUAUCAGCACUUAUCAAAACCUCCAAAAGAGCUCUGCUUAAUGAUUGUAACUUAACAGACAAAAGCUGUCCAGCUCUGGCUAUAGUUCUUGGAUCAGAUACCAAUCUGAAAGAGCUGAACAUAAACAAUAAUAAUCUGCAGGAUUCAGGAGUGAAGCUGCUCUGCACUGGACUGAAUAGUGUAAAUUGCAAAUUGGAGAUACUGAGACUUUCAAACUGCAGUAUUACUGAAGAAGGUUAUAAAGCCCUGGCUUCAGCUCUGAGAUCAAACCCUUCACACCUGAUAGAGCUGGAUCUCACAGGAAAUGAUCCAGGACAAUCAGGAGUGAAGCUGCUUAAUGAUUUACUACAGGAUCAAAACUGUCAACUGAAGACACUGAGGUUUUUGGGUCCUGCUGCAGAUGAAGCCUGUCAGUAUGUGAAUAGAGUUGUGGGUAAAAACCCAUUAUUUCUGAGAGAGCUGAAUUUGAGUGGAUGUAAUCUAGGGGACUCAAACAUGAAACAGCUUGUUCCUCUACUGCAGGAUAAACACUGUACACUUAACACACUGAUACUUUCAGACUGCUGUAUCACUGAAGAAGGUUAUAAAGCUCUGGCUUCAGCUGUGAGAUCAAACCCUUCAUACCUGAUAGAGCUGGAUCUCACAGGAAAUGAUCCUGGACAAUCAGGAGUGAAGGAGCUCAAUGAUUUACUACAGGAUGAACACUAUAAAUUAAAGACCAUCAGGUUUCUGAAAAGUCCUUCUGCACAGGAAGCGUGUGAGUAUCUCACAAAAGUUUUGGGUAAAAGUCCAUUGCUACUAACAGAACUGGAUCUGAGUGAAGAUAAAUUAGGAGGCCUGGAUGGGGAGAAGCUCUCUGCUCUUUUGAAGGACUCUCAUAGCAAACUGGAGAAAAUUAAGCUGAAUAAUUGUGAGCUGACAGAGAAAAGCUCUUCAGUUCUAGCUGCUGUUCUCGCCUCCAAAACCAUCCUGAAAGAGAUGAACCUGAACAACAGCCGUCUGCUGGACUCAGGAGUCAAAGAGAUCUGUGAGGGACUGAAGAAUCCUGUGUGUGAGCUGAAGAUACUGAAACUUUCAGACUGCAGUAUCACUGAAGAAGGUUAUAAAGCUCUGGCUUCAGCUUUGAGAUCAAACCCUUCACACCUGAUAGAGCUGGAUCUCACAGGAAAUGAUCCUGGAGAAUCAGGAGUGAAGGAGCUCAGUGAUUUACUACAUGAUCCAAAUUGUCAACUGAAGACACUGAGGUUUUUUGGUCCUGCUGCUGAUGAAGCCUUUCAGUAUGUGAGAGGAAUUGUGGGUAAAAACCCACUACUUCUCAGAGAGCUGAAUCUGAGUGAACGUGAACUAGGAGACACACAAGUGAAUCGGAUGGCUGCUCUACUGCAGGAUAAACACUGUAAACUUAACACACUGAUGCUUUGUAAUUGUGGUCUAACAGAGGAAAGCUGUUCAGCUCUCGCUACAGUCCUGAGAUCAAACUCCAGUCUGAAAGAGCUUGACAUGAGCAACAAUAAUCUGCUGGAUUCAGGAGUGAAAAAACUCCAGAACGGCUUAGAAAAUACAAACUGCACACUGGAGAAACUCAGACUUUCAAACUGCAGUAUUACUGAAGAAGGUUAUAAUACUCUGGCUUCAGCUCUGAGAUCAAACCAUUCACACCUGAUAGAGCUGGAUCUCAAAGGAAAUGAUCCUGGACAAUCAGGGGUGAAGCAGCUCAAUGAUUUACUACAGGAUCCAAACUGUCAACUGAAGACACUGAGGUUUUUGAGUCCUGAUGCAGAUGAAGCUUGUCAGUAUGUAAGAGGAAUUGUGGGUAAAAACCUGUUACUCCUCAGAGAGCUGAAUUUGAGUGAGCAUAAAUUAGGAGACUCAAAUGUGAAUAAACUUGCUGUUCUACUGCAGGAUAAACACUGUAAACUCAACACACUGAUGCUAAGUAAUUGUGAUCUAACAGAGGAAAGCUGUUCAGCUCUUGCUACAGUCCUGAGAUCAAACCCCAGUCUGAAAGAGCUUGACAUCAGCAACAAUAAUCUGCAGGAUUCAGGAGUGAAGAAACUCCAGAAUGGAUUAGAAAAUACAAACUGCACACUGGAGAAACUCAGACUUUCAAAUUGCAGUAUUACUGAAGGAGGUUAUAAAGCUCUGGCUUCAGCUCUGAGAUCCAACCCUUCACACUUGAUAGAGCUGGAUCUCAUAGGAAAUGAUCCUGGACAAUCAGGAGUGAAGGAGCUCAAUGAUUUGCUACAGGAUCCAAACUGUCAACUGAAGACACUGAGGGUUUUGAGUCCGGCUGCAGAUGAAGCCUUUCAGUAUGUGAGAGAAAUUGUUAGUAAAAAUCCGUUACUCCUGAGAGAGCUGAAUCUGAGUGGAUGUGAACUAGGAGACACAGGAGUGAAUCAGGUCGCUGUUCUACUGCAGGAUAAACACUGUCAACUCAACAUACUGAUGCUACGUGAUUGUGGCCUAACAGAGGAAAGCUGUUCAGCUCUCGCUACAGUCCUGAGAUCAAACUCCAGUCUGAAAGAGCUUGACAUGAGCAACAAUAAUCUGCAGAAUUCAGGAGUGAAGAAGCUCCAAAAUGGCUUACAAAAUACAAACUGCACACUAGAAAAACUUAAAAUUUCAAACUGCAACAUUACUGAAGAAGGUUAUAAAGCCCUGGCUUCAGCUCUGAGAUCAAACCCUUCACACCUGAUAGAGCUGGAUCUCACAGGAAAUGAUCCUGGACAAUCAGGGGUAAAGCAGCUCAGUGAUUUACUACAGGAUCCAAUCUGUCAACUGAAGACACUAAGGUUUUUGGGUCCUGAUGCAGAUCAAGCCUGUCAGUAUGUGAGUGAAAUUGUGGGUAAAAACCCGAUACUACUGAGAGAGCUGAAUCUCAGUGAAUGUGAACUAGGAGACACAGGAGUGAAUCAGCUUGCUGCUCUACUACAGGAUAAACACUGUAAUCCCAACACACUGACGCUGCGUAAUUGUAAUCUAACAGAGAAAAGCUGUUCAGUUCUCGCUACAAUCCUGAGAUCAAACCCCAGUCUGAAAGAGCUUGACAUGGGCAACAAUAAUCUGCAGGAUUCAGGAGUAAAGAAACUCCAGAAUGGAUUAGAAAAUACAAACUGCACACUGGAGAAACUCAGACUUCCAAACUGCAAUAUUACUGAAGAAGGUUAUAGAGCUCUGGCUUCAGCUCUGAGAUCAAACCCUUCACAUCUGAUAGAGCUGGAUCUCACAGGAAAUGAUCCUGGACAAUCAGGAGUGAAGGAGCUCAGUGAUGUACUACAGGAUCCAAACUGUCAACUGAAGACACUGAGAUUUUUGAGUCCUGCUGCAGAUGAAGUCUGUCAGUAUGUGAUUAGAGUUGUGGGUAAAAACCCGUUACUCCUGAGAGAGUUGAAUCUGAGUUUACAUGAACUAGGAGACACACAAGUGAAUCAGGUCGCUGCUCUGCUGCAGGAUAAUCACUGUAAACUCAACACACUCAAUCUGUGGAAUUGCAGUAUUACAGAGGAACAGUGUCUCAUCCUGACUUCAGCUCUGAAAUCAAACCGAUCACACCUGCGAGAGUUGGACUUUAGUAUGAAUAAAAUAAGAAACACAGGUGUGAAACACUUAUGUGACACACUAAAGGAUUUACACUGUAAACUGGAGAGAUUGAGAUUAAGCUGCUGUGAUAUGACAGAUGAAGGUUGUUCUGCUGUGGCUUCAGCUCUGAAAUCAAACCCUUCACACCUGAGAGAGCUGGACCUGAGUGGGAAUAAACUAGGAGACUCUGGAGUGAAAAACCUCUGUGAUCUACUGAUGAACCCACAAUGCAAACUGGAAAAACUACAUCUGUAUGAAUGCAGUAUUACAGAGACUCAGUGUCUAAGUCUGACUUCAGCUCUCAAAUCAAACCCAUCACACCUGAGAGAGCUGGACCUCAAUAAGAAUGAACUAAAAAACACAGGAGUGAAUCACUUAUGUUACAUACUGAAGGAUUCACACUGUAAACUGGAGGGAUUGAGGUUAAGAUACUGUAAUAUGACAGAUGAAGGUUGCUCUGCUGUGACUUCAGCUCUGAAAUCAAACCCUUCACACCUGAGAGAACUGGACCUGAGUUUGAAUGAACUAGGAGACUCUGGAACUAAAAACCUCAGUGAUCUACUGAUGGACCCACAAUGCAAGCUGGAAAAACUACAUCUGUAUGAAUGCAGUAUUACAGAGAAACAGUUUCGCAUCCUGACUUCAGCUCUGAAAUCAAACCCAUCAUACCUGAGAGAGCUGGACCUCAGUGGAAAUCAAAUAAGAAACAAAGGAGUGAAUCUCUUAUGUGACGUACUGAAGGAUUCACACUGUAAACUGGAGAAAUUGAGUCUAAAGAACUGUGGCAUUACAGAUGUUUCUUCUUUAACUAAGUCUUUGACAAAAACAAAAGCACUGCAGUUCUUAAAAGAGCUUGAUCUGAAAAACAAUACUAUCGGAGACUCAAAGAAGCUCAGAGAUGUGAUACGAGACUCAAACUGUACACUGAAGUGGCUUUUCUCCUCCCAUGAUCAUAAACUAAGUGUUAUCUCAGGGUCUCUUGAAUUCCUGCUCUCGGCAGAGAAUACAGAGAACCUGAUGGAAGAGAAUGAGGAGAGUGAUGAACUGAAUGAAGUGGAAGAAAAACAUGUCAAAACUGGAGACAAAUCUUUGAGUCGCUCACAGGCUCAAACAACAAACGCAAAAGACAGAAAAACAUUGAACGUGUUUCAAAUUCUUCUAAAUUCUCUUAGUGGGCAAGGCUGCACUAUGUCAGAGGCACGAGGAAAAGUCUUUCCCUCUGAGACGAGUCUCUCAGAGAAACAGAGGGAGAGAUCAGGCUCACAUGUGUCCAGCUCUGUGACUGUGAAGAGUGACUGUUCAAAAGAUAAACCACCGGACUUAGGUGAGAAAACACCAUCAUCUACCAAAAGCAUUCAGUAUGAGUCAUUAGAUUCAGAUUUCCAGACUCACAGGAACCACAAGAAUUUCAAAGACAAUCUCCCGUGGAUCUUCCAGGAUCUUGAGAGCAAAAUAAUCAAGUUUCUGAAGAAUGAGCUGGGAAUGUUUAAGAAAAUAUUACAAAAAGAGAACACACAAUAUUUUGUGAAGGACUUUAAUGAGAAUAGAUGCAGUAUCAAAGAAGCAGCUCUUGAUCUCACACUACACUACCUGAGAGAGAUGAAGCAAGAUGAAGCUGCUGAUACUCUAGAAGAUGAGCUGGCCUUCAUUCAUCAGCUUAAAUGCAACCUGAAGAAUAAGUACCAAUGUGUGUUUGAAGGAAUUGCAAAGCAUGGUGACUCCACUCUUCUGAAUAACAUCUACACAGAUCUUUAUAUCACUCAGGGUGGUAGUGAACAGGUCAAUACUGAACAUGAGGUAAGACAGAUUGAAGUGGCUUCCCGGCGUCUUGACUCACAAGAGAUACCAAUUGAAUCCAAAAGUUUGUUUGAAGCACCUGGACAAGACAAGGAGAUCAGAACCGUACUGACAAAAGGAGUUGCUGGCAUUGGAAAAUCUGUUUCUGUGCAAAAGUUUAUUCUGGAUUGGGCUGAAGGAAAAGAAAAUCAAGAUAUCAGCUUCAUAUUUCCUCUUCCUUUUCGGGAGAUGAACUUAAAGGAGAAAGAAACACAAAGCUUGAUGAGCCUAAUAAGUGAGUCUUUCCCAGACACAAAAGGACUGAACCUAACAAGAAGGAAUCAAUUCAAAGUCCUGUUUAUCCUUGAUGGAUUGGAUGAAUGUCGACUUCCUCUAAACUUUGAUGGUAAUGAGACGUGGCGUGAUGUAUCAGCACCAGCCUCUCUGGAUGUUCUCCUAACAAAUCUCAUCAAGGGAAAUCUGCUUCCUUCUGCUUUCAUCUGGAUCACUACCAGACCAGCAGCUGCCAGUAAGAUUCCUCCUGACUGUAUCGACCGGCUGACAGAGAUAAGAGGAUUCAAUGAUGCACAAAAGGAGGAAUACUUUAGAAAAAGAUUAACUGAUGAGAAAAUGGCCAAUGAAAUCAUUGAUCAUGUUAAAAAAUCACAGAGUCUCUUUAUCAUGUGCCACAUCCCAGUCUUCUGCUGGAUUUCAGCCACUGUUCUCCAGAACAUUUUGGAGGAGAAAAGAAAUUAUGUGAAAAACAAUCAGGCUGAUGAUGCCUCUAAAACACUGCAGGAAUCAAAUACUGAAGACACUCCCAAGACGCUGACACAAAUGUACACACAAUUUCUCCGCUUUCAGAUCCAGCAGAGCCACCGGAAGUAUGAUGGAAAAUACUCACCAGAUGUUUCCUGGGAUAAAGAUGCCAUCCUUUCACUGGGGAAACUGGCAUUUCAUCAGCUGGAAAGAAACAACCUGAUCUUCUAUGACACAGACCUGGAAGCCUGUGGUAUUGACGUCUAUAAGGCAUCAGUGUGUUCAGGCAUGUGUACCCAGAUCUUUAUGGAGGAAACAGGGAUCAUUUUUGGAACCAUGUACUGCUUUGUUCACUUGAGUAUUCAAGAGUUUGUUGCAGCCCUUUAUGCACAUCUGUUUCAAGACAUCAACAAGAAAAGUGCAUUUGAUCAAAAGUCUAUAGAACAAGAAAACAAAAAUGAAACCAUGAUUGAUUUGCUCAAGACUGCAGUGGACAAGGCGCUUGAGAGUGACAAUGGACACCUGGACCUUUUCCUUCGCUUCCUCCUCGGUCUGUCACUCCAGUCCAAUCGGCGACUCUUACAAGGUCUGUUGACACAGCAAGACGACAAUGACCAGAGCAAAAAGGAAAUAGUUUGGUACAUCAAGAAGAAAUUUGAAGAUAAUCUGUCUCCAGAGAGAUCCAUCAAUCUGUUCUACUGUCUGACUGAACUGAAUGAUCAAACUCUAGUGAAAGAGAUUCAGACCCACCUUAACAAAGGAAGUCUCUCAUAUGGUGACCUUUCACCUGCCCAGUGGUCUGCUUUGGCCUUUGUAUUGUUGACAUCAGGGGAAGAGCUACAGGAGUUUGAGCUUCAGAAAUUCAAGAAAUCAGAUGAGUGUCUCAUUAGACUAUCGGCAGUCAUCAAAACCUCCAAAAGAGCUCUACUAAAUGAUUGUAAUUUAACAGACAAAAGCUGUUCAGCUCUGGCAACAGUUCUUGGAUCAGAUACCAAUCUGAAAGAGCUGAACAUGAACAAUAAUAAUCUACAGGAUUCAGGAGUGAAGCUGCUCUGCAGUGGACUGAAGAAUAUGAAGUGUAAAUUGGAGAUACUGAGACUCUCAAAAUGCAAUAUCACUGAAGAAGGUUAUAAAGCUCUGGCUUCAGCUCUGAGAUCAAACCCAUCACACCUGAUAGAGCUGGAUCUCACAGGAAAUGAUCCUGGACAGUCAGGAGUGAAGGAGCUCAGUGAUUUACUACAGAAUCCAACCUGUCAGCUGAAGACACUGAGGUUUUUGAGUCCUGCUGCAGAUGAAGCGUGUCAGUAUGUGAGAGGAAUUGUGGGUAAAAAUCUGUUACUCCUGAGAGAGCUGAAUCUGAGUGAUCGUGAACUAGGAGACUCAAAUGUGAUGAAGCUCGCUGCUCUGCUGCAGGAUAAACACUGUAAACUGAACACACUUCAGUUAAGAUACUGUGAUAUGACAGAUGAAGGUUGUUCUGCAGUGACUUCAGCUCUGAACUCAAACCCAUCACACCUGAGAGCGCUGGACCUGAGUGGGAAUAAACUAGGAGACUCUGGAGUGAAAAACAUCUGUGAUCUACUGAUGAACCCACAAUGCAAACUGAAAAAACUAGAGCUGUGUGGAUGCAGUAUUAAAGAAAAACAUUGUUACCUCCUGAAUUCAGCUCUGCGUUUAAACCCAUCACAGCUGAGAGAGCUGGACCUCAGUGGGAAUGAACUAAAAAACACAAGAGUGAAGCACUUAUGUGAUGCACUGAAAGAUUCACACUGUAACCUGGAGAGAUUGAGGUUAAGAUACUGUGAUAUGACGUAUGAUGGUUGUUCUGCUCUGACUUCAGCUCUAAAAUCAAACCCAUCACACCUGAGAGAGCUGAACUUGAGCGGGAAUAAACUUGGAGACUCUGGAGCUGAAAACAUAUGUGAUCUACUGAUGAAUUUACAGUGCAAGCUAAAAAUGCUAGAUCUGUGUGAAUGCAGUAUUACAGAGAAACAGUGUCACAUCCUGACUUCAGCUCUGAAAUCAAACCCAUCACACCUGAGAGAGCUGGACCUCAGUGGAAAUAAAAUAGAAAACACAGGAGUGAAGCACUUAUGUGAUGUGCUGAAGGAUUCACACUGUAAACUGGAGAGAGUGAGGUUUAGAGGCUGUGAUAUGAAAGAUGACGGUUGUUCUGCUGUGACUUUAGCUCUGAAAUCAAACCCAUCACACCUGAGAGAGCUGGACCUGAGCGGGAAUAAACUAGGAGAUUCUGGAGUGAAAAACCUCUGUGAUCUACUGAGUAAUCCAGAAUGCAACCUGGAAAAACUAGUUCUGUGUGGAUGCAGCAUUACAGAAAAACAGUUUCUCAUCCUGACUUUAGCUCUGAAAUCAAACUCAUCACACCUGAGAGAGCUGGACCUCAGUGGGAAUGAACUAAAAAACACAGGAGUGAAUUAUUUAUGUGAUGUACUGAAGGAUUCACAAUGUAAACUGGAGAGAUUGAGUCUAAAUGACUGUGGCAUUACAGAUGUUGCUUGUUUGGCUCAGUCUUUGGGUGACACAAAAGCACUGCAGUUUUUAAAAGAGCUUGAUCUGAGUAAAAAUAACAUAGGAGACUCAAAAGGGCAGCUCGUUGACGUGCUACGAGACUCAAACUGUAAACUGAGCCUAGAGAGAGAUCAUUGGUUUAGCUGGAGAGCUGGUGUAAACCUCAUUGGUAGCAUUGGUGGAUGGAUUACAUCAUUUUCUAAAGCUCAGGAACCUGUGAAAUCAACAGAACAAGACCAGUGAACAUCAGGCGGAACAGAGGAAGAAGAAGAAUGUGGUCAGAGCUCAGACCAGGUGGAUUAUUAGUCUUUAGUAUAAGGCCUGAAAACAUAAUAUUGAGAUUAAAAUCAUUGUGGGCUACAUAUACAGAUUCAAAUUUAUACUAUCAAGAUGUAAUUUUUAUGUUUCUUUAUAACAAUUUCUUUUGACAUUUUACUUUUAUCACUCUUACACUUUAUAUUCCGUGGUAGAAAUUCCCCUACACACCUGACUUAAAGGAUUAGUUCACUUUCAAAUGAAAAUCAGCCCAAGCUUUACUCACCCUCAAGCCAUCCUAGGUGUAUAUGACUUUCUUGUUUCUGAUUAACACAAUCGGAGAUAUUUUAAUAAAUAUCCUGACACAUCCGAGCUUUAUAAUGGCAGUGAACAGGACCAAUAUUUUACUUCAUAACUUGUUAAAUAUGGAUAUUUUUUACACAAACGCAUCGCUUCGCUUCAGAAGGCCUUCAUUAACCCCCUGGAGCCGUGUGGAGUACACGUUUAUGAUGGAUGGAUGUGGAUGGAAGCACUAUCUUCAGCUUGUACUCAUUGGUCCCGUUCACUGCCAUUAUAAAGUUCGGAUGUGUCAGGAUAUUUAUUAAUAUUUCUCCGACUGUGUUCAUCAGAAAGAAGAAAAUCAUAUACACCUAGAAUGUCUUGAGCAUGAGUAAAGCUUGGGGUGAUUUUCAUUUGAAAGUGAACUAAUCCUUUAAAUUAACAUGGUGUCCCUGGAACUUACAAAUGUAUACUCUACUUGGCGUCUCCACUUCGACACCUAUGUGAUUUUAUUUUAUUAUUUUUUUUUUUUUUUGUCUAUAUUUCAUUUUAUGAACUUAUUUCUAUCCAAUGUAUUAUCUUAUUUCUAUAUGUGUAUGUAUGUUUUUUUCUUUUCUUUGUGUAUUUCUAUUCUGUAAAGCACUUUGUAAACAACGCCCCUUAUUAACACUAUCACUUGGGAAUGGAAAUAAGGUCUGUAGUGCUCCACUGAACACUAUCACUUGAGAAUAGAAGUAAGAUCUCUAGUGUCUAGCCUGCUGCGCAGCAGUAAUCAGACAGACUCCAGAAAAUGAUCUAGUCUAGUUUUGUUUCCUCUUUUGUUAUAUUUAGACACACUAACUUUGGCCCAAGUGCUGGCGAUAUUUAGUUUUCAAAAGCAUAUAAAUGGUAAUCCUGCAAGAAAAGAAAUGUUAGUUAUGAUUAAUAAAUAAAAAUCCUUAACAAUACUGGAUAUGUAUAUUUAUAUUUUAAUUUGUAUUAAGUUAGUUAUAUGUCUAUAUUACUAAUGCUCACAUGUGUUGUCUUGCAAAGACAUCCAAGCAAAACAACUCCUCAAAUAAGCAUCAAAAUAAGAAUUUCAUUGUGUUUGGUACUCUGUACAUGAGACACUAAUGCUUCGAGGAGCCUCUUCUCCCUAUACCAGCCCAGACUAAUUAAGCUUCAGUAUUUAGCAAUUCACAGCAUUUAUGUACCCAUCCUCCUCCUCGUUUGAAGUUGUUGCUUUCUCUCCCACCAGAUAGUCUAAUGCAUUUAAUUUAGUGAUUAUAUUCACUUUUGACAUUGUAUUGUAUUGUAAAAUGAAUUGGCAUAUUGAAAAUAUAAAGCUGAAAACCUGAUCAUUUUA